UAGCAGGAGUGUGCACUAGGUCCUGCCCCCGAGCCUCGCCGCUGCGCGUCUUAGGAAUCAAAACUGCCACAGCUUGUUCUGCAAGUCUUAUUAAGUCUGUAGGAGCAUCGCUGAACCUAUCCAGCAACAUGCUUAAGAAUUUGCCCGCUAAUAUGCAGGCACUCCACGUUGGCCAGUCUUACUUCGGAUCAACAUUCUCCAGGCAGAUACUGGAAGGAGCAACACAGAGCGAUGAUUCCCAGAGUGGGGAAGCCCCAACCAGUUUUCUCUUCUUGCUUCUGUGCUUGGCGAAGGCGACCCGAAGCUGCGACCCGCGUGCUUGGCUGGCGUAUAAAAGGACGCGGCGAGGCCUGCUAGCCACACAACAGCUCAGCCUCUCUCCCCGCCUUGCAGUGACACACAGAAGGAUGGCCAAGACCACAGCGGCAGUGUGGUGCGUGGUGGUGCUGGUGGUGGCCGUGGCACUCGUGGCCGCGGAGGCAGACCACGGCCGUCCCAGCGGCGGCUACUACCCGCGGCCCGGCUACUACCCUUCACGGUCACACGGUGGCACUGGCCACGGCGUGCAUGGCCACCAUUCAGGCCACUCUUCUGUUGGCCACCGCCCCGUCGGCAUCAGUCACGGAAGCCACUCUUCUCACGGCAGCCACUCCCACGUGGUGCACCGCGGCUACCCCAGGAGGCCUUACCACUAGAACAGACUGCACCGCCUCGGCACUGCUCAGGGGCUGCCGGCCUCGCAGAGCCUGGAUGUCUCUGCACACAACGCCUCAAUCCAUUAUUCCUGACCUGUACUUCCCAAUAAAACUGUAUGAAUA